GGGAGAGUGGGGACGCAAUUCCACGUUGAUUCAUGUAUUGGGAGGGCCUGCGUUAAUCAGCUGCUCCUGGCUCCAAAGAGGGGGCCAUAUGGAGUCAGAUUGGCCCUUACUGAGACAGAUCAUGGCGGCGCGCUGUUUGAUAGUGCUCUGACAAUAUUCGGUGGCCUUUCUAAAGAAGGAAAUACUUGUAACGCAGAUUUUUUAUCUGUUGAGGCAGCACUCGCGAAGUGGUAAUGCAGCCAAAGAGCCUUCUUUGCGUCCUGCCCGAGAAGCUGGGCCGUGAGAGGCGGUGAGAAUGCAGCCUCUAGAGGACAGAUGCAGCUAGCUUUUUAGAUCAAUCUAAGAUUGCCUGUACUUAAUGUCUCAGGAAUGGGCCUCAUAAGUUACAACGCUUAUCACAAAACUGCGGUGCCAGGCAAGUAGCUAUGUGCAAAGUUCUCUGACUUGCUGACAGUGGAUGGACCACAUUGAAGGGUAGCUCAAGCACUCUAGAAUGUCGAAAUGGAGGCUGCGGUCCAAGAUGCUCUCUGCGAGCUGUCGCAAGAGGUCCGAGAUUUGUCGGUGGCGUUCGAAGUGGACAGGGUGCAUGGUGCUCCGGACCCGCUCGUGUUCUACCGCAACUAUGUCUCCCGGAACGUGCCCUGCAUAUUCACGAAUGCUAUUAGUCACUGGCCCUGCAUACGCCGAUGGACAAAUGAGUACCUGCUUGAAAAGAUGGGAGACCAACUCGUCACAAUAGACGUAACGCCCGAUGGCCGCGGGGACGCCAUAGUCAGCGGCCCUGACGGCAAGCCCUGCUUCGUGACCCCCCUGGAAGAGCGCGUCCCCUUCUCGUCCUUCCUGGAAGAGCUGUGCUCGGAAAAGGGAGAAGCCGGAAGAGUCCCGUACGCUUCCCACCAGAACGGGAGCUUUGUGACGGAGUAUGGGCCUCUGGCGGACGACGCUGACGUGGAGAUCUCAUGGGCGACGAAAGCGUUCGGUCACGGGCCCGACGCCGUAAACUUGUGGAUCGGUGACGACCGGGCUGUGACGUCAUUCCACAAAGACCAUUACGAGAAUCUGUAUGCAGUGAUUGCGGGCGAGAAGCACUUCACCCUCCAUCCGCCUGCGGACGUCUACCGGAUGUACGUCCGGGACUACCCCAAGGCGUCGUACGUCCGAGACGAGGACACGACGCUUAGGAUCGACUACGGGGACGACCUCCCAAGCACGGUUCCUUGGGUCAGCGUUGAUCCCGAUGACCCCGGGACAAGUGACCGGUUCCCGUUGUACGACCAGGGCCCGCCACCGCUGCGGUGUGUCGUAAAAGCCGGGGAGCUGUUGUACCUGCCGUCCAUGUACUAUCACCAUGUGAAGCAGAAACCGGACGAGCAGGGGAGGACGAUAGCAAUCAACUUUUGGUACGAUAUGGAGUUUGAUGUGAAGUACGCUUAUUACAAGCUCGCAGAGAAGCUGACUGGAGCAUUGUCCGCAAGUUAGAUCCAGGGAAGUAUAGAUACACCGUAUGUAGCGCUCAGCUGGACCUUGACACUUUGAGUCUUCGGAGGUCCUUCGG